AUGCUCAACGUAUGUAUAAAUUUUGGGAGAUUCAACUUUUUAUAAGGAAAAAAACCAGGAUAAAAAUUAUUUUUCUCCAUUUAUCCAAAAAGAAAGCUUUAAAGUGAGGCUCCGAUAAUGGAGAUGUCAAAAAGAGCCUUCGAAAAAAAUCCUUUAGCUCAAGAUUUUUUUCUUCUUUGGAUGAAGCCUGAAAUAUUUUUUUUAUAUUUUUAAAAAUGUGGUUAAGGAAAAUUUAUCUCUUGUUUGACGAUUUGGUUUCACAGAAACUCUGUUCUCUCUUUUUUAAAAUAAAAUUUGAAAAUCUCAAAUUCCUAAAUUGCUAAACCUGGCCCUAUAGAGGCCUAAAAAGUGGUCCCUAUAGGGGUUUAGGGUCUGACUCCUUAGUCCCUAAAGCUUAAGUGGUCCCUAUGAGGGUCUCUUGAUUUAAUUUGAAAAACGCUUAGUCAUUUGGUUUUUCGCAUAGAGUUCCUAAAAAUUAUUGACUAGCAUGUCCCCUAUAGGAACCACUUUUGCGAAUUCUAGGUGCCCCUAUAGGGGUUGGUAAAGUGGCCCCUAGAGAAGACCCUUCAAGGGCCCCUGAGGCUACCCCUAUAGGGACUACUUUGUAGAACCUUAAAACACUAGUUUUUGAGAAGAUGUUUUGUCUAUGCUUGGUUAAACAAUAAAAUUACGCCUAGAAGUUCUAAAACUGCGCAAAUGAAGUUUUGCAAUGUUCUAUAGUAAAAAUUUGUUGAUUUUAUUCGAUUUUCACUGAAAUGUGGAUAUUCUUCCUGGAAACUUACGAUUUUGUUCAGCGACGGAUGUCAACGACGAACGAGUUGGCGCGGAAGGGGACGCUGACCGUGGCGCUGGUCCUGUCGCUGAUCGGCAUGGGCCUGUCGAUCGCCGCCAUCCUGACGCCGUCCUGGCAGGUCGUCAACCUCCGCGAGUACAACUCGAUCCAUGAGCACGGCCUCUGGCUCGACUGCACACGCCACAGUCGAGAUGGAAAUCAUAUCCUUCAGAGGUGAGUCAUUUUUCCAGGUUUUGCACAGCUCUCUUUUUUUUUCUAUCCGUUUUGCCAAAAUCUCUGGCGCUAGUCCGGAACGGCAGAUCAAUUAUUGAGGCUUAUAAAUUGGCUGCCAAGACCUUAUCUUGGAUCAUAACUUGACGGCCUCAGACCCCCCUCUCGAAACAUAUUGAAUUUGACCAGUGUUAUAUCCUAAGGUUUCCUGGGAUAAAAAAAAAAAUAUUUUCUUCAGGAAAAUUCAGGAAUGUUACAAAGUAGAAUCAGUACAGAAAUCAGUACCUCCUGAGGUUAAAAAUGUUUUUUUGUGUUAAUAAAAACUUGAAGAAAACUGCCUAGUCAAAUGCUACAUGGCUGGCGGUACAUGCACAACAUUGCAAAAGUGCUGCUUUAUCGCGCGCGACAUCGCUUUUCCCACGCAUUCAAAAAAUGAAUUGGAAAAUUUUUGAAAUGCGAAAUCGCCGCGAGAAAAAUUCGAGAUCACCUCAAAAAAAAAGACAUGACCCUCGCGGCCACAUAACAGCUCUUUUGCGAUAUCGUCAAUGCACCGCAAGCGAUGUCGUUUUGUCUCGUAGCUAUUUUUAGUACUACCUCCUGUCGUUAACAAGAUAUGCGUUCUGUCAACGGAACCAAAUUGAUCUUAAAUAUUAUGUUCAACCCCGUUUCUCAGAAAUUUUGUAGGUCUUCAUUGACCUUCUGAAAGACAACUUGCUCUUUUUUUGGAGCGAAACUCUAAAUGUUCUCUAAAAUCAUUGUGUAGUGAAAAUAUGAAGACGUAGCCUUAAUUAGUAGAAUUCCAACAAGCGCUCAAACUCUAUAAAAAAGACUCUGGCCGAGGAAAAUUUAGCAAGAAUAGAAUAAAAAGGAUUUUCUGUAGGUACGCGACAGUGACAGAGCCACUUCACUGCGUUUACAAGUUCGACUAUGACAAAUAUUCGGGAACUUUCGACCUGGAAGACGACAAUAGUCCCGUCGGAGAGGUCAACCGCCACAAGUUCUACGGUUCGUUCAGUUUUUUUAUAUCGGAGGUUGAAGACUAUUAUAGCCUUUCUAGGAAUAAAGUGGGAAAAAUAAAUUUUUUUCAUUUUUUAGGAUCUUGUUUUUUCAUUUUUCAAAGUUGAAGUGGCUUUAUUAGGGUUUUAGCUCGCAUUAGUUUCUAUGAAGCUGAGCUUCAUCCACUAGACUGUCAACUUGAGGUUUUGUUAGUGACCACUUUAGGGAUUUGGUCAAGUGAUACCACUUUAGUAAGUUGGAUUAGAUUUAUGGAGAGUCUGCCUAUCAGCUUCUUAGUAAUCACUAGAGGGAUCACUUGGGUAUUGGUUUAGUGAUCAUUUUAAGGAUUUCCUGGAAAAUCUGUAUUUUUUGAAGUUUUCACAGCGCCAUGUAAGCAUCAAAGGAUGGGUUAUUGAUUUUGAAGCUUUUUUUUCUGAAGUGACCACUUUAGGAGCUUUUUUUUUAUUUUCAAGCUUAAAGUGAGUUUGAAGCUUCAAAAUGCGAGAACCUUCCUUUUGAGACCUAAUCUGAAAGAAUUUCUACACUGGAAGAAUUUUCAAUAACCCCGCCAUGUUGCGUAUUGGCAAACAAUAAGUGAAUACCUGUUAUUAUGAGCUCUUUUUACGGCGACGACUCAUUUCCGACGGUUAAUUACGUGCCGUUAACCAUGCGCGUCUGCGGGAAUCCGCAAGGCCAGAGAGACCCUCCCAAAUGGCCUUGCGCGUACGGCGCACAGAAGACUUACUCAAUAAAUUUCGACCCGAGUUUGACCGUUUUCGAGUUGAUCGCUGCUUAUUGGGGUUAACGGCUAAUUGGGAUCGUUUUGGAGAGAAAGUGGAAAUUGAGAAAUUCAAGUUACUCAAUUAGCUAAGGUUCAAAGAUAGGCAGGUGGUUCAUAGAAAAUAUAGUAGAUUUUUUUUGGUUCUAGAAAACCCUUGGUUGUGAUCUUCGAACUUUCGACACAAAUCUAAAAAUAAAGAAAUUCUAGUUAGCGGAAGCUCACAGAAAAUAUGAUUAUAUGAGCAAUUUUAAAAGACACAAGCCUUCAACCUCAAAAAUUAUAGUGGAUCCCAAAUUUUUCGUCAAAAAGAAGAAAUUUUGUUAACUUUUAAGGCUGGCACACGGCGACGAUGAUUCUCCUCGGCUUUGCGCUUCUGACGUCGUUUUUGUCGACGUGCAUCGGGAUUUGCUCCUGCUGCUACGGCUCCCUGUCGCUCAUCUUCACAGGAUUCUGCUUGAUCACCAGUUCGUACAGAAAUUACGUUAUUUAAAAAUCUUCGAGCCAUUCCACAUCCCCUGGUCACAUGUGGAAUGGCUCGGAGCAUCGUGGUCAAAGUACAACUGUCUUUUGGCUGGGAUUGACUUUUUUGCAAUGUUAGAGAAUGCCCAAGUGCGCAAGUAGUUUCUCGUCGGGCCAUUUUUCUUGCCUUUCAGCGCCAGAAAUUACGUUAUUUAACUAAUUUAGCCUUCCUCUCGACUGUGGCCGAAGGAAUCUUCUUCUUCUAUUCCCAUCGAGCUGAUAACCGAUUUAUCAAGGGUAUCGUCGGAACUUAUGAGGUUCGAUUUCGCUCAAAAAAUAACUUUACUGUGUUCUUUCCAAGUUUUUUUUAACGUAUUUUAAAGGUUCAUUGUGAUUUUGAGUUUUAACUGUAAGUUUCACUGUCUUCAAUUGAAGCGAAUUUCCUGAUUUUUAAACGAUCUUUUCAAAAAUUCAUAGGCUUUUUGUUCAGCAACGGGUCGGCCUGGCCUUCUUCUUGGAAAUGGCUGCCGCCUUCUUCCACUUCUUCUCGUUCCUCGCCGCCAUGCUCUUCACCUACUUUUCGUUUGCCGGAGCCAAGGAUUCGAUGGACGGCUUCAGCCUUCAAAGGAGCAGCCGCACCAACGUCACCAACAUUGGAAGGUCUGUCAGUUUUUUUUUUCUGGCUUUUACCACGAAGAAAACGGUAUUGGCACGCGCCCGACACGCGCCGGUUUCCGCAUAGCUGGUCUAUAACCGACUUCCAGAAGAUUUCUUGAGAUAUGAUUCUCAUUUUUUUCUGCGCCCCCCUUUGAGGUCGGGGGGCAAGAUCUGGAAAAAUUCCAUAGAGCCAAAUUUUGAGGCUGAAAAUGGACCCCAGAUUUUUUUAAAACGGAAAAAAAUGAGUUAUAUCUCGAUCCAGGAAAAAAAAAACAUAAUUUUUUUCUUGGAGAAAAUCCUGAAAAUCCCCUCUUGGAUAACCUCGGAAAAUCAAGGAUGCUUUCAAAGGCUAAUUCAAAGGAAAAGGAUAACGACAAUGUCGAUAAAACUUAAAUCAAUAAAUCAGUCAUCAAACUGAGUUUUAAUAGAGUCUAUACCAGUACGGGGAAGAAAGAGACGGUUUUUUGUGAGUUUAAAUCUUAAUUUCCAUCAUUUUUCCUUCUAUCAGGUUCCAAAUCAUUCAAUAAUGACCUUAUGUGAAGCUAAUAAAUUUUCAGAUCAAUGGAAUUUGACGCGCCGUUGAUGUACCCGCCACACACGCCAGUGCCCAACAUUCGCUACGAGGAGAAGCAUCACGUCGCCGAGAGUAUGCCCGAACUUGGCGUCCGUGGCGCCUACCCCUCUACCGAAUUCUUCCCCCCGCGAGUCCGUCGCAAGAGCGAAACUUGUGUUUGA